AUGCAGGAUGAUCCUGGGAAUGUGGCAGAGGUACCUGUUGUAUCGAACCACGAAAAGAUGUCGAGUACAGACAACGUGCAUCCAAUUGAACCGGAGACCUUAAACCUAGAUACUGUAUUAGAAUCACAAAAAAAAUCCCAAGAUGAACCUCAAGAGUCUUCAAAUCAAGCCCUGGAACCCAUAAAUGCUGAAGAAGAUGGACAGGCACCUGGCCAAGGCGACCUGUCAUUACCAGCUACGUUAAACCAAGUGGUGGACGAGCAGCAAGAGCAAGAAGAAAUUCCUCUACAAGCUUCUGUUGAAAAUACAGAAUUAACGAUCCCAGUGUCUAAAGAACCACAAAACGAAGUUGACGAAAAGGGCGCUCAAAACCCUCAGCCUCCUGUUGAACAUGAAAACUUAACGAUCCCAGCGACUGAGGGACCACAAGACGAAUCAGACGAAAAGGCCACUUAUAACAUUCAGUCUCCUUCAAGCUGGGAACGAUCUGCUCGUCUCGUGCUUAUUAAAUGUAUCAAUGAAUUUCAAGAGAUUCGAGCAUGCACGAAAUUUGAUCCAUUGCGUAAAGUGAUGGGCGAUAUAAAGCCUCGCCUCCAGACGGACGACGACUACGACAAAACCCUUCUCAUUGAUUUUUUCCAACAUGCUUUUGAGAUUGAACAGGACGACGUUUUAAAUAUUGCUUUAAACACUGUAUCAAAGUUAGCUUCUUUUGCUUACUUCCCAGAAGACAAAAAGAUUUCAACUUCAAAUCCUUCUUCGAAAUCAAUGUUACAAUGCAUUGUGGAUAUGGUAUGUGAUUGCAUAAAUGAUGAAGUCGUCGAUGGCACAUUACAACUCAACGUUGUCAAAGCUCUUUCCGCUUUCAUCCUUUGCUCGGAAAAAAAUGCGUUACUUCAUGGAGCUAUUCUUCUUAAUUCCAUCCGCAAGCUUUAUAAUAUCUUUCUUCUUGGCGAUGAUGAUUCCAUACAAUCUGUAGCUCAGGCUUCUCUGACUCAGGCUGUUGGGAUUGUUUUUGAGCGUUUACGUGUGUAUCAUCCAUCCAGCUCGUCUGUUAAUUUAGGUUCAAACGACGCCGCUACUGCAAGCACUGACUCUUUGCGUGAAAAUCUCCCAAAUGCGGAAGAGAAAAUAACACUACAAUCAAUGGCUUCUAACGGCACGCCAAAGUUGGAUUAUGUGAAAAUGGAUGUUGAAAAUUCCAAGGCUACUACUAGUCUUGAACAUUUAUCUCUUCAGGAUGCGUAUCUAGUAUUCCGCACCCUUUGCAGGCUCGCAGUUCGCCAUACUUCUUCCGACAAAGUUGAUAAUAUACGUUCUCAAGCCAUGAGAUCAAAGCUUAUAAGCCUUCACCUUAUUUAUUCUAUAUUAGACAAGAAUAGUGACUUGUUCACCGAAGUAACUUUUCCUUUCCAAAACAUACCUGCGUUAGAGGGAUUAACUCUAGCACAGGCAUCUCGUCAGUACAUUUGUUUGAUUUUAUCUCGCAAUGCAGUAAGCCCGAUACCUCAGGUCUUUGAGAUUUGCUGCAAUAUUUUUUGGCUUAUCGUAUCCUCCUUGCGCAUACAAUUUAAACAAGAAAUUGCCGUCUUUUUUCGUGAGGUUUAUUUCCCUAUAUUGGAUUUAAAAAAUACUUCUUACAAUCAAAAGCUUCACACCCUAUUAAUUUUCCAACGUAUUUGCCGGAAUCCAAGGGCGCUGGUUGAAUUAUAUAUUAAUUACGAUUGCGACCGCAACUCGACUACUAAUGUUUUUGAACAACUUCUCUUUUCUAUAUCAAAAACCAAUUCUGUCACUCCUUUAGAUUCAAGCACAUAUCAAUACGAAGACUUGCUCCCUUCAAUGGAAAGUUCGGAAAGAAGUACUACUCCUUUUUUAACUACCAAUUCUAGCUCUCUUAAUUCAGAAGUAGUACAACUAACGAAUUUUAGUGAUUAUCAAUUAAAGCUUAAAGCAUUGGAAUGUGUCAUUGAUGUUUUGCAUUCCUUAAUGAGUUGGGCCGAAAGUGGAUUUUACUUAGCUGGGGGCAACAUAUCUACAGAUGAGAAUGUGGCAGGUACUGAGGAUGAUCCCUCAGCGCCUUCAGACACGCCGAAUACGCUUCCAGUGCACAGCGGCCGACCAUCUCUUGAAACAAAUUCUCGCAGUAGUAGUUCAUUGGCGUUGGCUGAUCCUUCAGAAUUUGAGUUGAAUAAACAAAGGAAAAUGUUACUUCGGCAUUGCAUAAAUAAGUUUAACUAUAAGCCGGGUUUGGGAGUCAAACUCUUAUCUGAAAAUGGAUUUGUCAAAGUUGACGAUUCUGCUUCGGUAGCUACAUUUUUGUUUAACACCGAAGGUUUUAAUAAGACUACUCUCGGUGAUUACUUGGGAGCUGGCGAGGAUUACAACAUCUCUGUGAUGCACAAUUUCGUCGACCACUUUAAUUUUGCCAAUUACCGCUUCGUUGAUGCCUUACGUCGUUUGUUGCAAGCUUUCCGAUUACCAGGUGAAGCUCAAAAAAUUGACCGUAUUAUGUUGAAAUUUUCUGAGCGUUAUAUGAAAGAAAAUCCGUCAGCUUUUGCUAAUGCGGAUACCGCUUACAUAUUAGCGUAUUCUAUUAUCAUGUUAAAUACUGACUUACACUCACCUCAAAUUAAAAAUAGAAUGACAAAGGAAGAUUUCAUUAAAAACAAUCGAGGAAUUAACAAUGGCGGCGACCUUGACGAAGAUUAUCUUGGGUUUGUUUACCAGGAUAUAUUAAACAAUGAGAUUGUUCUCAAAGACGAACAGCAAAUGGCCGCUAUAGCACCAUUAAUGAAUUCUAACAACAAUGUAGGCCUUUUCGCUGCUUCUUUCACUCAGACAGGCCGCGAACUACAAAGGACAGCGUAUCUUCAAGCUUCAGAAGAGAUGGCCAAUAAGACAACCACCGUUCUUAAAAAACUCAUGAAGCAACAGAAGCAUAAUCCGAAAAAGGAAAAUGUAUUUUACAACGCUAAACACUUUGAGCAUAUUGGACCAAUGCUUGAAGCCGGAUGGAUGCCCAUUUUAGCAGCUAUCUCAAACCCUUUACAAGAAUCUGAGCAUUUGUAUGAAUUAUCUUGGUGUUUGGAAGGUUUCCAAUAUGUGAUACAUGUUGCUUGUCUUUUCGACCUUGAUUUAGUUCGUGAUGCUUUCAUAAAGACACUGGUAAAUUUCACUAACUUACACUCGGCCUACGAUAUAAAGACGAAAAAUACAAUGGUUAUUAAAACACUACUCAAAAUUGCUUGUGCCGAAGGCAACAAUUUGAGGUCUUCUUGGAAAGACAUUCUUACCAGUAUCAGCCAAUUGGAGCGUGUACAAUUAAUUGGUGAAGGGGUCGACGAAGCAGAGAUUCCGGAUGUUAUAAAUGCUAGAGUGCGACCAUCGAGUUCAACAAAGCUAACGCGCCAAGCGAGUGGAAUUGCUCAAAACCAAACCCCUAAAUCAAACUUAAAACAGUUAUCGUCUGAAGUUAUUUCCGAACUGAUGUCUACUGAAAUUGUACUUUCCAUUGAUAAAGUUUUUACGCAGACUUCUUCUCUCUCAGGUGUAGCUAUAAAAUCAUUUUUUGAGGCUCUAUGUGAAGUUGCAUGGGAUGAAAUAACUUCCUCUAGUGAAUCAGAAAGUCCUCGCUUGUUUAGCUUACAAAAGCUUGUUGAAAUUUCAUAUUACAACAUGGGACGAAUCAGAGUUGAAUGGUCUUCUAUUUGGAAUGUGCUUGGGAAAUUCUUCAAUCUGGUUGCUACUCGCGGGAACAAACGUGUUGCGGUGUUUGCUUUGGACUCUUUAAGACAAUUGUCUAUGCAUUUCUUACAAAUUGAGGAACUUUCUUUAUUUUCUUUUCAGAAAGAAUUUCUCAAACCUUAUGAAUAUGUCAUGUCAUCAGAUGCUUCGGUUGAUGUUAAAGAGCUCGUGUUGCAGUGUAUUCGGCAAAUGAUACAAGCUAGGGUUUGCAAUAUAAAAUCUGGAUGGAAAACACUUUUCGGGGUUUUUACUUUUUCCGCUAAAGCCCGAAAUGAUACUUUACUUUCGUUAACUUUUGAAACACUGUUGGACAUAUUUGUGCACCAUUACAAUUAUAUAGUACAACAGGGAUGUUUGAUUGACAUGCUUGUUUCAUAUACUGAACUGUGCAAGAAUGGUGUCAAUCAAAAAAUAGCGCUGCAAAGUCUGGAUGCCAUUAAGAAGAUCUACUCCAAUAUGGUUUUAGAAGCCAAAGGCAAAAAGAAUUUCAAUGCGGAAGAUGUGUCAAAAUCCACUUUUCCCAUUUUGUUUGCUUACUAUGAUGUGGUAGUUUCUGCUGAAGACUUAGAGGUACGAUCUAGGGCUCUUCAAAAUAUGUUUUACAUAUUUCUUGAAGAGUCUGAUGACUUCACAGAGCAGAUAUGGGAAAUAGUUUCACGAAAAUUUAUUUUUCCGAUUUUCUCCACAUUUAGUUUAGAAUCAGAUGAUAUUUUGCUACGCGAUGAAGAAGUUCGUACUUGGCAAUCAACCACACUUGUGGAGGCUCUGAAAAAUAUUGUUGCAUUGAUUUCUCGUCGAUUCGAAAAACUACAUACCCUACUCAAAGGUUACUUUCGAUUAUUUAGUACCUGCGUCUGUCGCGACAAUGUCAGCCUAUCUCGGAUAGGUACUAGCUGUAUGCAGCAAGUAUUACUCGAAAAUGCACACAGAUUUACUGAAAAAGAAUGGGAUGUAGUCGUUGAGCUCUUCGUUGAUCUUUUCCGCGAAACCACUCCACGUAAAUUAUUGUUAGAAGAAGCCUUUUGGGUUGACGACGAGAAUUUCAUUCGUUCUAGUCCGGCUCAUUCUCAAAAUACAAGAAAUGAUGCUAACGAGAAUUCUGUAAAUCUCAUUGCGGAAAAACAGACCGAAUUUCGGUCCAUGAUUCGAAAAUGCAUUAUGCAACUUUUGUUGGUCAGUAUCGUUGCUGAAUUGCUCGAUUACGAAAGUAUCUUUAAGCACAUUCCUCAACGACAAGUUCUAAAACUCACCCGAGCAGUUUAUGAUUCCUGGCAAUUUGCCAGAAAAUUUAACGAAAACAAGUCUUUACGUGUAUCUUUACUGAGUAUUGGUUACAUGAAGCAGCUGCCUAAUUUGUUACGGCAAGAAACAGCAAGCGCUUUAUUGUACAUCAGUUUACUCUUUAGGUUAUUAAAUAGCGAAAGCUUAGCGAUUGAUCCAAGUUAUUAUGCUGAAGUUGCCAGUUUACUUUUCCCUGCCUGCGCAGAUUUGUUAGAACUUUAUGCUUCUAUGACUAUUGAGAAACACACGCGAAACCACGUUAGCUGGCAGCCGGUUAUCGCUACCAUUCUUGAAAACACAACAGAGCUUCCUGACAAUUUGUUUAUUGAUGCGAUGCAACAAUUAUAUCAUCCUUGCUGUUCUAUGAUAGCUAAAGGAAGUCUUGACGACCAGCUUCGAGGUCUGCUAAAAGCUUAUUUCAGUCGGGUGGGUAAUACUUUUCUUAGAAAAGAGCCGAAAGAUCAAUUAUAG